UUCUGGGGCUCACUCGCGAGUUGAUGUCAGCUCGGGCAGGCGCAGUAGUGCCAUCAUGGCGGCACCUUUUCCGUCUCGUGAAGGUAGUUGACACAAUGGAAUGAAGUGUAAAUACAAGGGAUUUAUUAUAUACAAACAGAACGGAAGCCGGAUAUGCUUUUGACUGCUUGUAUGGGACAGCUUCAUUGAUUGCUGGAGGGUCUAGUUGGAGACACGAUCAUGUUCAGCGCUUUGCUCCAAAACACGAGGGUGCUCCUGCAGCAUUUGGACGGGUAUUUCCCCACAUUCUCUUUCUGUACUAGGACGCUAGUGUCAAACAGUGCGCGGGGUCCUUCGCAACACGUGAAUCCUCCGCCGUCGGGCUUAAUUUCCGAGUUGUUGGACGAUGAGUCCGAGGAUGUGCAGGCAGGUAGGAGGACUAGGAGAACGGCGAGCGAGUGUUCGGUCCUGCUUUUCCCGGGGCAGGGCAGCCAGUUUGUGGGCAUGGGCCAAGGACUGCUGAAGUACGGAAGCGUCCGGGAAAUGUUCCGCGUUUCCCACAAAGUACUGGGUUACGAUCUGCUCUCCUUGUGCCUAAAUGGACCUAAAGAGGAUUUGGACAAGACGAUCCAUUGCCAGCCUGCUGUGUUCGUCACCUCCCUGGCUGCCGUGGAAAGACUGAAUCACGAAAUGCCUCAGGCUGUAGAAAAUUGCGUGGCUGUGGCGGGCUUCAGUGUCGGAGAGUAUGCGGCCUUAGUGUUUGCGGGAUCCAUGGAUUUUACGGAAGGUAGGAUGCUUAGUUACCAAUUACCGGCCAUGCUAUUAGUAAACACGGCAGCGUUUCAGCAAAAAAGCGUAGUGCCUCGAUGGCUGCUCCACCUGCUGUUCGGUGUCUGUCAUGUCGUUCCUGCAGCUUUGUAUGCGGUGAAGGUGCGAGCCGAAGCCAUGCAGGAGGCCUCGGACCGUGUACCCAGCGGGAUGCUGUCGGUCGUUGGCCGGCCCAAGGCCAAUUAUAACUACGCCUGCCUUCAGGCUCGAGAGCACUGCUUGUCAGUGGGGAUCAAAAACCCUGUCUGUGCUGUCGCCAGCUACCUUUUCCCCGAUGGAAGGGUUAUCGCUGGUCACCAGGAGGCGCUGGACUUCUUGCAGAAGAACUCGAGGCAGCUGUACUUCCAGCGUGUGCGUCAGCUGCCUGUCAGCGGCGCCUUCCACACUCCCCUGAUGCAGCCCGCAGUGGAGCCGCUGCGCCAGGUGCUCAGCCAGGUGACUGUACGAAGGCCCCAAGUGGCGGUGCAUGCCAACGUGGACGGCAAACGCUACGCUCACGAGGGCCAAGUGCGUCGGCUACUGGCCCAGCAACUAGUAGCACCAGUCUGCUGGGAGCAGACGCUGCAUGCCGUGUACGAGCGGGCACAGGGUCAGGACUUCCCCUGUACCUAUGAGGUUGGCCCUGGACGCCAACUGGGUUCCAUGCUACAGAAGGUCAACCUGAAAGCUUUCCGGAGCUAUGCACAUGUUAAUGUGGUUGCCCCUCAGGACUGAUGGCAGUAGCAUGCCACAUUGUUUUGGGGCAGAAUUGAGA